UCCCUUCUCCCGCCCCCGCCUCCCUCAGUCAUGGCUAAGCAGAAGGUCACCCCCGCCCGUGGCUCCCGCAAGACGCAGAAGCGUCUCGAGGAGACGAAGAUCGCCCUGGACAACGCCAAGCGCGAGACCGAGGAUCUGGGUCCCAUCUCCGAGGGCAUCACCCUGAUCAACCCCACCAAGGGCGCUUUCCAGACGGUUGGUGUGGCCACCUACAAGGCCCUGCCUCAGGGCUCCCGGUCAGCCAACCCCCUGCUGUCGAAGGCCGGCAAGGCGUCCAUCAAGAAGCGCUUCCUGCAAAAGAAGACCAAGGCCUACCAGGCGAAGGUCGAGAAGGCCGUCGAGCGUGGCCUGAAGAUGGAGACUCGCGUGUCCAAGGACCAGAUGCGCAAGAAGGAGAAGGAGCGCCUGAAGAACCUUUGGGAUUGAAGAACCACUGCCUCUCGUCAUGGAUGCACCCAGUUUCGCCCUCCCUUGUUCGCCGGUCUCUUGCGCGCGCGCGCGCAUACGCGCGCGCGCGCCCCGCCCUGCGGUUGUACA